AUGAAGCUUUUCACCCUGAGUCUAUCUUCUUUUAUCCUGGUUGGUAUAGCCGUUGCCACGCCGCCGGAAGACACAGUUUGGGGCUACGUACACGAUCCAUUAACAGACACAUACCGAGCGCCCUCCCCGCCUCGAGUCCGUGGUCUGGUAUAUGGCUACGAAUACGAUUCAGAAAAUGAUGUUUAUCGAGAGCCCCGGUCGUCUGCAGGGCCAGAGACAACCGAAUUUUGGGAAGAAAUGCACCGAAUUGCUGAUCUGACCGAGACAAGGACGCAUGAUACUCAAGGUCCAUGGUUGCCAAUGCCCAAUGCUCAUCAAUCUGCUGCAGCCGAAGCAAUCCCCGAAGCAACUCCUGCAGCAACUACCGCAGCUACUACCGCAGCAACUCCCGCAGCGAUUCCCGCAGCAACUUUGGAAGAAGUGAAAGCCGCUUUUGACAGCAAUGUCAAUAUUUUGGGAUAUAUGCCUAGACGCGAACAACACCCCUGCCUUCCAGUGUUACCAUCAGUCGGUACUAAAAACCUUGAAAUAAUCAGCUUGACGACAGCUGACAAUAAGCUUACCCGCAGCAAAUUGAAAAAAGUUAAGAAUAUGCUUGGAAUAACCAGAAUAACUGGAUCUUACAUUCCGAAGGGCCAGCCUACCAAUCAUGGCCAAACUAGCAGAAGUCACGACGGCACCUCAACGUCUAUUUCCUCCGAUCAUCAGAUAUCCCGUGUCCUGUACGGUGGUUCAGUCGACGAAGAGUGUAAGGUUUGUCUCGACUUAUUCAGCAGUCCUGAACCAGUCGGAGAGAAUCACUGGUCUUUCUGUAAAGUUGCACAAGUCAAGAAAUGCGGACAUUACUUCCACUUCGAAUGUAUUCAUCCGUGGAUGGUUGGCAAAUUGGAAAAUAACUGCCCAGCUUGUCGCGGACCAAUAUCUGAUAAAUAUGGAGCCAAGAUAGAACUACAACAAUAA